UCAGGCUAUAAGGGAAGCGCUUUAGGAGUCUAGGUACAGGCACCGCAAGUUACACCGGAGGCCCAAGCAGGAAUCACGUCCGCGACUAACCCUCACCCGGAGCUCUGGUACAUACCCCAAGUGUUUCCAUCACGACAACGACGGCAACGCGCGGCGAUAAAGCCACCUCCCCCUCCCCCCCGGCUAACGAUUACGACACGGAGCGAGCUCACAAUCAGCACAUCCGGGCACCGCGACCCGCCCCACAACGCACCGCGGGGAGGUAGAAGGGGGCGAGGUCUGCCCGGCAGCGCCGCCACCAGUGGGAGGCAGCUGAGGACACGGCAGCAGCGCCGCCACCGGUGGGAGGCGGCUGAGGACGCGGUAGCAGCGCCGCCACCGGUGGGAGGCGGCUGAGGACGCGGUAGCAGCGCCGCCACUGGUGGGAGGAGGCUGAGGACGCGGUAGCAGCGCCGCCAACGGCGGGAGGAGGCUGAGGUCACGGCAGCAGCGCCGCCACCGGUGGGAGGAGGCUGAGGACGCGGCAGCAGCGCCGCCACCGGUGGGAGGAGGCUGAGGACGCGGCAGCAGCGCCACUCUUUACCGGAUAGAGAAUACCAGAAGCAGGAAUGCACAGUUUGAGCAGAAACCUUGUCUCAACUGCAAUGUUUCUCUCUCUCUCUCUCUGGAUUGUACUUCCGGGUCUGCCUUUGUGUGACACUCUCCGCCGUGAAUGCCUGGUGUAGAGCGGAGCGAGUCUCACCCGCUGUCCCCGGGACAUGGACUCCGGCGAUGACUUGCGGCGACCUCGGGCCAAGCUGGCCUUUAGUUUGCCGCAGCAAGUUCCAGCCACUUUCGAUGAAACCGAUCUAAUGCAGCAGUGUAGCUUGGUAGAAUGCAACCAAGCCAAAACAACAUUGAUGGAUUUCACGGUUGCCAUUCCCAACCAGCUAUUGUUGGUCUCACUCCUGGAACAUCUCUGCUUUAUUUAUGAGAAAAAUCCUCAGCGCUCAAUGAUCUUGUUUAAAUUGUUGUGCCAUAAACUAGCAGGAAUGCACUUGAUUUCACCAAUCACCUUCAGUGAUGAGUUCAGCACUGUGAGGCUGCAACAUAACCAGGCUUUUACAAACUUGCUACAAGCAGUGAGCAACGGCUUGUAUCGACAGGGGCAAGUUAUCAGUGGAGAAGCACCUACCCACCUCUCCUACAGAACAAAAGAAGCUCUGUUCCAGGAACAGACAUCUCGCUACAUGAAUGAGUUUGAAGAGAUUGAAAGACUGGGAAAAGGUAGCUACGGAAAAGUAUAUAAGGUCAGAAAUAAAUUGGAUCGACAGCUUUAUGCCAUAAAGAAGAUUCUUAUGAAGAAGAUUACAAGAUACGACUGCAUGAAGGUGCUGAGAGAGGUUAAAGUUUUGGCUGGCCUACAGCAUCCACACAUUGUCGGCUAUCAUACUGCUUGGAUGGAGCAUGUACAGCCACCACCUCUGAAAAGUAAUCAAAUACCUUACAGCACUUUCUGUGCAUUAAAAGGUCCCUCUGAUCAAGAAGAUUACAGACACUCUUCCACCCAGGACAUAGAAACCAGUUCUUCGAGUAUCAUAUUUGCAGAAACCAAUUCUGUUGCAAGAGAGGGAGAGACUUUGUCAAGGAGCAAGCUGGUUGAGGGGGAGAUGUGCACAAACACAUCAUGGGGAAAUGACAAUCACAUUUUCUUCUAUGAUGGAGACUGUGCAGCAAGAUGUGCAAAUGCUGGUAUAUGUCAGCCACCAGCCUCCCUCCCGAGAAUGAAAGGUAUCCAGGUGCACUCUUCACUCCUUCCUUCAAAAUGUCCGAGCAUUGAGACGCAAAAGUCUCAUAUUGUAAAGAAUAACUUGAACCCGUUGGUUGAAGCAGUGGCAACUGAGGCAGAAGACAUUGAGAGGGCAAAGGAAAAAGUAACUGGUGCCUUAGAGGAGAUUUCAGGAUCAUCUUCCCAUGCUAACAUUAACUCCAGUCUGGAGGAUGGCUCAUCAUUCACAGAUAUGCACCACGAGUCCAAGAUCCAAUUCCACCUCAUGCUGCAUAUACAAAUGCAGUUGUGUGAGAGGUCCCUUCAAGAUUGGAUUUUGGACAGGAAUAGGAAAUCAACAGAGGGCCUAUCACUUAUGGGUCCAUUUGACCUUGUGAAUCCUGAAUGCACUAUUCACAUAUUCUGGCAGCUGCUUAAGGGAGUCCAAUUCAUCCACUCCAAGGGUGUCAUGCAUCGAGACCUGAAGCCAAGGAAUAUUUUUCUCCAAGGACCUGACUACCAUGUUCGGAUUGGGGAUUUCGGCUUGGCCUGCAGUGACAUCAUUACCAAGGCUUCCGAUCAAUCUCCAGCAACAACCAAACUACCUGAUUUAAAGCACACUUCAGGAGUGGGGACUUGUCUGUAUGCUUCCCCUGAACAACUGAGAGGCUCUUCUUAUGAUUUUAAGUCAGACAUGUACAGCGUAGGUAUCAUCUUAAUGGAGCUCUUUCAGCCAUUUGGAACAGCAAUGGAAAGGAUAAAGAUGCUCACAGCCCUUCGAGAGUCCCAUAUCUCAGAGGACUUUGCACAGCACUGGCCUGUACAUGCUAAAUAUGUUAAGAUGCUAACCAGCCGAAUUGCAUCCUGCAGACCGAGUGCAGAUGAGAUGUUGACCAGUGAACUCUUCCGUAGUUCACCUCAGGUAAAUGUAUCUCGAGACAACCUUGAAUGGAAAGUAGUUACCCAGGAGCAAGAAAUUAAGAGCCUACAACAGAAAGUGAUCGAUCAGCAAGAUGAAAUCAGGAGUCUCAAGGAAGUGAUCAAAUUACUGGCUGGGGAGAGAGAACCCAGUUAGAGAUAAUCUUAAUGGACUGGAAAUAAUUUGAUUUUUUUCCACCUAAAUUAGUUUUGACUGCCUCAUGUAUGACUGUUUUGUGAAUGUACAAGUUUAAUUUUAUGUUCUGUAAAAUGAGAGAUUAAAUAUUAAAUUAAAA